AGCAAUCUUAUUUUCAGCUUCUGUAGAAACUAAUCGCAUCUGAAUAUAUAAAUUCUGAUUUAUAAAUUGCAAUUGUCCUCUAUCAUUUAAGUAAGUUUCAUUAAUUUUAAUAUCAACAUCUUAAAAACCAAUCUUUAAAAGUGCUCUAGUUAAGCUUCCGCUUAUUAAAGACUUGAAAUUAAAUGACAAUAGCGUCAACAACAAAUCACAUGUUUUAACUCAAUAAGCGAAGGAUUGUAAACAUUGAAAGACUUCAAAAGUUCAACUAUUUUUGGUCGUGUUGAUGCAUUUUGGUUCAAACAUGAUGCUUAGUUUUAACAGCACCAAGUUAGUUAGCAAAUUAUAUGAAUUGUCUUACUUCGGGUCAUCAAUUGCAAGAAAAUUACCACAAGGAAAUUUAAGCACAUUUAAUUGUCGAUGCUUUGCAACAGUUUCGCCAACGUCUUCAUUUUUACUAGAUAAAGCAUUUAUAAAUGGAAAAUGGGUUGAACCAUCAGCUGGGGGUAAAUUUCCAGUUACAAAUCCAGCAACUGGCGAUGUUCUUGGGUUCGCACCGGAAUGUACAGAGAAAGAUGCACUUUCUGCAAUAGCCGCAGCAAAUAAUGCUUUUCAAGAUUGGAAAAACACUUCAGCCAAAUUGAGAUCUUCUCUUAUACGAAAACUUUAUGAGCUGCAACUGAAAAAUCUCAACUCACUGGCUGAGUUGAUUAGUCUUGAAAUGGGGAAACCUUUAAGAGAAUCUAAAGGAGAAAUAAAUUAUGGUGCAUCUUUUUUUGAAUGGUUUUCAGAAGAAACUAAACGAAUUACUGGUCAAGUGUUUCCUAGUCCUUUCCCAAAUUCAAUGACAUUAUAUGUUCGAGAACCAAUCGGACCCGUUGGUAUUAUAACUCCUUGGAACUUCCCGAAUGCCAUGAUAACAAGAAAAUUGGCUGCUGUACUUGCUUGUGGAUGUACAGCGGUAAUACGUCCUGCUGAAGAUACCCCGUUCUCUGCUCUGGCUUUGGCAAAACUAGUUGAAGAAGCCGGCUUUCCACCAGGAGUUGUCAACGUUAUCCCCUCGUCGCGAGAUCAAGCGUCAGCUAUUGGAUCGAUAUUAUCAACAUCCCCUGAAAUUGCUGCUAUAUCAUUCACUGGAUCAACUAAUGUCGGUAAAAUAUUGUUAUCAUCAUCAGCUUCGACUGUUAAACGUGUUUGCCUGGAGCUUGGUGGUAAUGCUCCAUUCAUUGUAUUCGACUCGGCUGAUAUAGAUGCCGCUGUUCAAGGUUGCAUUGCUUCCAAAUUUCGAAAUACGGGACAAACUUGUGUCUCUGCGAAUCGCAUCUUUGUCCAAUCUGGUGUUCAUGAUAAAUUUGUAAAUGCUCUUGCUACAGAAAUGGCAAAAUCUUUGAAAGUUGGUGAUCCACUUGAUAUGUCCACUACUGUUGGACCUUUGGUCAACUCCAAAGGACUGGAAAAGGUUAAAGUUCAUGUCGAAGAUGCUCUUUCCAAAGGUGGUAAAUUAAUUGUUGGUGGCAAACACUUGCAUGGUAACUUUUUUGAGCCCACACUCAUUUCCAAUAUUUCAGAGAACAUGAAACUUUGCUCCGAAGAAACUUUUGGACCUCUAGCUGCUAUACAUCCUUUCGAAACCGAAUCACAAGUUAUAGCCGCUGCUAAUUCGUGUCGGGCGGGUUUAGCCGGCUACUUUUACUCUUCUUCUAUCGAUCAAAUCUGGCGUGUUUCUAAAGCUCUCCAAGUAGGUAUGGUUGGUGUAAAUGCUGGUAUAAUCUCUUGUUGUGAAGCGCCAUUUGGAGGUGUUAAAGAGAGUGGUCUUGGACGAGAAGGUUCUCAUCUCGGCAUAGAUGAGUUUACAAAUGUUAAAUAUAUAUGUUUGGGAUCGCUAAAUUAAUCGAUUUUUGUUGUUAUCUUUUCGUUGACUUGAUAUUUUUAAUAAGUUUUUACAAACAUUAAACAGACUAAUCUUAAUUCAGAAAAUAAAUUCACGUAUUUGGUCUAUU